AUGGCGGGGCUUAUCUCUCCCAAGCCCGUUUCCUACAUGCAACACAACCUGCAGUACAACCCGUACGGGCGCGGGGUCCCGUCUUACGCCGAUUCCUCCGCCACCUCCCUCCCGCCACUCUCUCAGCCCACCCCACACCAAGGGGUCUUCCUCGGUGGGAUCGCCACCCACCCGCUCGGCGUGAACGAGGAGGGCAAGAUCUACAGCCUCGUGAUCGAUCUCCUCGACUCUCAAACCCGCGAGAGCGCACUCCUGGAGUUGAGCAAGAAGAGGGAGCAGUAUGACGACCUCGCUCUCGUUUUGUGGCACUCCUUCGGUAUCAUGCCCGCUCUUUUGCAAGAAAUCGUAUCCGUCUAUCCGCUCCUGUCGCCUCCUAAUCUAACGGCCCAUGUAUCAAAUCGUGUCUGCAACGCUCUCGCUCUCUUGCAAUGUGUAGCUUCUCACCCGGAGACCCGUCAAUUAUUCCUCAACGCUCAUAUCCCCCUUUUCUUAUACCCAUUCCUGAACACCACCUCAAAAACGCGCCCCUUCGAAUACCUGCGCCUCACUUCUCUUGGAGUCAUCGGAGCCUUGGUCAAGCAAAACGACAACACGCCCGUGAUUCACUUCCUGCUUUCCACGGAGAUCAUCCCGCUCUGCCUGCGGAUCAUGGAGACCGGCUCGGAGCUGUCGAAGACGGUCGCCAUCUUCAUCGUCCAGAAGAUCCUCCUCGACGAAACCGGGCUCACGUACAUCUGCCACACUUACGAGCGGUUCUACGCCGUCGGCACCGUGCUCAGCAACAUGGUCAACCAGCUCGUCGAGACGCAGGCGGUGCGCCUCCUCAAGCACGUCGUCCGCUGCUACCUCCGCCUGAGCGACAACCUGAGGGCUCGCGAGGCGCUCAGGGCUUGUUUGCCGGAGCCUCUUCGUGACAACACCUUCAACGCUCUCCUCAAGGGCGACAUGGUCACGAAGAGGUGCCUCACUACGUUGCUUAACAACCUCAACGAGCAGUAA